AUGCAAAACCAUACAAGGAUAACAAUAUUCAUUCUUCGGGGACUGACAGAUGAUCCAAAGUUGCAAAUAUUUCUUUUUGUCUUUCUAUUUCUUACCUACAUUCUGUGUGUUACUGGAAACUUGAUAAUCAUUACCCUUACCUUGGUGGAUCCCCACCUAAAAACUCCCAUGUAUUUUUUCCUUCGAAAUUUUUCCUUCUUAGAAUUAAUGUUCACAAGUGCCUGUAUUCCUAGAUAUCUAUACACCAUGUCAACUGGUAACAAUACUGUGACCUAUAAUGAAUGUGCUACACAACUGUUUUUUAUCACUUUCUUUGGUUCAACAGAAUUUUUCCUUUUAUCUUCCAUGUCUUAUGAUCGCUAUGUAGCCAUCUGCAAACCCCUGCAUUAUACAACCAUCAUGAACAGCAAAGUUUAUUAUCGACUCCUUCUGAGUUCUUGGGUGGCUGGUUUGAUAAUUAUCCUCCCACCACUUAGUGUGGGUCUUGAGCUAGAAUUUUGUGACUCCAAUGUUAUUGAUCAUUUUGCCUGUGAUUCAUCACCACUUCUAAAGAUUUCAUGUUCUGAUACAACUUUCAUAGAAAAGAUGAUCAUAAUAUUUGCUGUGUUAUUACUCAUUAUCACUUUAUUGUUAGUGAUUCUAUCUUAUGGACAUAUUAUCAAGACUAUUAUGGGAUUCCCAUCUGUCCAGCAAAGGAAAAAGGCUUUUUCUACAUGUUCCUCCCACAUGAUUGUUGUCUCCAUGACUUAUGGCACCUGCAUCUUCAUUUACAUCAAACCUCCUAGGAAGGAACAACUGGCUUUGAAUAAAGUAGUUUCAGUACUUGUGACCUCAGUUGCCCCCAUGAUGAACCCCUUUAUUUACUCUCUGAGGAAUAAGCAAGUCAUACAAGCAUUUAAGGAUUUAGUAAAAAAAAUCACAUAUUUCUCAAAGGGCAUUUUAAUCUAA